CGAAUUUGUGGGAGCCAAAGCGCGAAUGAGAGAGAGAGAGAGAGAGAGAGGAAUUAGGUUUUGGUCUGUGAAGUCCAUCCGCCAUUGAUGAUCUCCUUGCUCGCACCUGUAAAAUUGCGUUUCCCUCGCGCUUCAGCUCGCACUCUUCAUCCUCAAACGUAGCCGCCGCCGACCUCCAGCUGCAACCUCUAGUUAUCUCCGGCCGUCGCAUCGCCGACAGCAAUUAGCCAAACUCAUCUCCAGGUAAUAUGGCACACAGGUUGCUUAGGAAUGUGGAGGCAGAUGGUUGGGAACGAUCAGAUUUUCCCAUCAUCUGCGAGUCAUGCUUGGGAGACAAUCCCUAUGUCCGGAUGACACGAGCUGAUUAUGACAAGGAGUGCAAGAUUUGCACACGUCCGUUCACAGUUUUCAGGUGGAGGCCUGGUCGUGAUGCGCGAUUUAAGAAGUCGGAGAUUUGCCAGACGUGCAGUAAGUUGAAAAACGUUUGUCAAGUUUGUCUCUUAGAUCUUGAAUAUGGCUUGCCAGUUCAGGUUCGAGAUACUGCUCUGGCCAUCAGUUCUGACGAUGCUAUUCCAAAGAGUGAUGUAAAUAGGGAGUUUUUUGCUGAGGAACAUGACCGAAAGGCUAGAGCGGGUAUAGAUUAUGAAUCUUCAUAUGGAAAGGCACGGCCCAGUGACACUAUUCUGAAACUUCAAAGAACAACACCCUAUUACAAAAGGAACAGAGCACAUGUCUGCAGUUUUUACAUCCGGGGUGAGUGUACAAGAGGUGCUGAGUGCCCUUACAGGCACGAAAUGCCCAUAACUGGGGAAUUGUCACAACAAAAUAUCAAAGAUCGUUACUAUGGAGUCAAUGAUCCAGUGGCGAUGAAGCUUCUUAACAAGGCAGGAGAGAUGCCCUCCUUGGAACCUCCUGAGGAUGGAAGCAUAAGAACCUUAUACGUGGGUGGGCUUGAUGCGAGAAUUUCGGAGCAGGAUUUGAGGGAUCAGUUUUAUGCUCAUGGUGAAAUAGAAUCCGUUAGGAUGGUACUCCAACGAGCAUGUGCAUUUGUAACCUACACAACAAGAGAAGGUGCAGAAAAGGCUGCAGAAGAACUCUCUAACAAACUGGUAAUAAAGGGUUUGAGGUUGAAGUUAAUGUGGGGUAGGCCUCAAGCACCUAAACAGGAAUCAGAGGGCACGGCUGAAGCUAGACAGCAGGCGGUGGCUCAUGGUGGUUUGUUGCCUCGAGCAGUCAUAUCUCAACAACAGAACCAAUCACAAGACCCAGCUGUGCCUGUGCACUACUACAACGUGCCACCUCCACCUUCACAGGAGAGGUCAUUCUACCCAUCCAUGGAUCCUCAAAGAAUGGGUGCCCUUAUUCCAUCGAAGGAAGGGGCUCCUAGUGGGACCACAGGGUCAGGAGAGCGCAGUUCCGCUUCAGAGAGGCAGCAACAUAGUCAGCAUUAUGCUUUUCAGAACAUGGCUCAUCCACAUGGCCAAUAUCGUCAGCAGUUUUAUCCUCCAUAUGGGCAUAUGCCUCCACCAUCACCACAGUACCAGCAAUACCCUCCGCAAUAUCAUGCUACAGUGCCGCCACCAACAUCCUUGCCAAUGAACCAUCAGUACCAGCAUUCUGCGACACCAGGGCCGGCACCCCCAGGUUCUACAUCUUCGGGAUCUGCGCCGUCAUCAGGAUCUGCACCUUCAAGUUCUGGACCUUCGGAAUCUACUCCAUCUGCAUCCGGAUCUGCACCAACGGGGUCAUCACAGCAGUGACACUGCCCACCUAUUAUUGUUUUAAUACUGUCGUUACGCGUGCUUUUGGUUAUUCGAGUCAAAACUGGGCUUGCAUUCUGGAUUUCGGAAAUUAAUCUGUAACUUCCCAGGGUUUGCCCUUGUAAGCAAAAAUUCUGCACCUUUUGUGGAUCAAUCCUUUACUUUUUGUGUUUUUGGAGUUAACCUGAGCAUUACAUUGUUGCUUUGAGGUUUAA